AUGGGAUCAGCACACAAGGACCCGAAUGUCUUCCACUUUAGCCAUCCACAUCCUUUGGAAUGUACCACCCCACCCUCCACCGGAAACAACGUAAUUAUCUGCUUUGGAUGCAAGCUAAAAGUUAAGCAUGGUGAGGACUAUUACGAGUGCAAAACAUGUGCCUUUUCUCUUCACAAUGUGUGCUACAAGAUGCCCUUGAUCACAAACCACCCUUCACAUGCAAGCCACAACCUAGUCCUCCUUGCUAUACCUUCCACCAAAGCCACCCUCAACUGCGUGGCAUGUGGGAACCAUGUCACGGGCUUCUGCUACCACUGUGCCGAAUGCAGCAUAUUCUUUCAUUCUUUGUGUCUUGCACUUCCUGUUUCCCUCGCUAUCACUUAUCAUCCCCACAAAAUCAAGCUUGAGUUUUCAGCACCAUAUCAUUUCUUCUGUGACUUGUGCAACAAACCCAGUUACAAUAAUAACGGGUGGCUAUAUAGGUGCAACAUGUGUGAAUUCGAUACACAUAUAGCUUGUGCAGUUGAAAACUUAGAGCCCCAUUCGUUCAAAAACGAAUCUUUCCAUCAAUCAAGCCCCUUGUUAAGGCAACUCACGAGUGAUCACCGAGUGGAACACAAAAGGGUUAGUGCAAGUGUAGGUGAUAGUUGCAAAGGGUAUGAUGAGUAUGAGAUCAUGCGUUUGGUGGCACAACAAAUAAUUGGUGGGGGAAUCAGAGAAAAUUCUGAUAGUGCAGUUGCUGGAUGGGACAAGAGAUUAUAUAGUAUUCCAUGGAAAAAGCUUAACAAAACUGGGAGUGGGAAGAUGAAGAUUAUUAGUGAACUUGAAUUACAAGAAAAAGAACUAAGUCCUGCUCAACUUCUAUUAAAGUUAGAAGAAAGAACACCACUUAGGGAUAAAUCCACACCAUUUUCUGAUCAUUUGGGCACACCGUAUAGUAACCAAUAUAGUGACUCAUAUUUUUCAAUAGAUUUGGCAAAGUCAUAUUCAAACCAACAUGGACAUAGAAGUCAGGUACCAAGAGAAGGUGGUAGUGACCACAUAACUCGAGAUGUUACUAUGCCAGAGAGAGUUGUGAGCAAUUCUGGACAACGUGAAGAACCAUUCGGUCUAGUUAAUUGGCCAUUCAAUGAUUCAUAG